AUGGCGUUAGAUACUGGUGAAAAAACUAUUAUUAAUUAUGCUACUGAAGGUAGUUUUGAAGAUGUUGAACAUUUACUUAAAAAUCAUGUUCCUGUUGAUGUUCAUGAUGAGCAUGGGAUGACACCAUUGCAACAUGCAGCAUUUAAAGGACAUGCAAAUAUAUGUUCUCUUUUAUUAGCACAUGGUGCUAAUGUUAAUGAUCAUGAGCAUGAUCAAGGUUAUACGGCUCUUAUGUUUGCUGCUCUUUCAGGUAAUAGAGAAGUUGUUCGUAUUCUUCUUGAAGCAGGUGCUAAAACUCAUCAAACAAAUCGUAUUGGACGAACAGCAUCUCAAUUAGCUGCAUUUACUGGACAAAAACAAUGUGUUGAUACAAUAAAUAAUUAUGUAACACUUGAAGAUUUAAAAUAUUAUACGAUUCCACAAGGCCAAGAAACAGAAGGUAAAUUACCGGAAUCUUGUAUGCAUGGUUUUCAACGUUUACUUAUUACAAUUAAUUUCAAUCCUGUUCAUUUGCUCAAUAUUAUUUGUAAAUAUUCAGAAUUAUAUCAACCAAGUUCAAAUCUUAAACGAAUUUCUAAUACACUUUCAUUUAUAAUUGAACGAUCAUUAGAUCCAUAUCAUACAAAUGAACCAAAUGAUACACUUGCAAUUAAAUCACAUUAUAUAAAAACAUUAAUUGAUACUUUAUUAGAAAAAAAUAUAGAUAAUAUUGAAAAAGUUUGUAAUGAAUUACGUAAAAAAUUUGUACAUGAAAAUGAAAAUGAUAAUUUUCGAAUGUAUGAAGAAAAAUUUAUUCGAGAAACUAUUCGUAAUUUUCCUUAUAAACAAUGUCCACUUCUUCAACAACUCGUCAGACUUAUUGCUCCAAUUGAAUUAGGUCAAAAGCCAUCCGCUCUAUCUGUCUUAACUACAACUCUCAAUGGACAUGCUUUUGAAGAUGAAACACAUAAUCGUUGUGAUGCUUGUAGUCAACUGAAUGCUAAUCGUCGUUGUGCUGCAUGCAAAUCGGCGUAUUAUUGCGACGAAUCAUGUCAACGAUUAUGUUGGCCAACUCAUAAGCGUAUCUGUUCGUCAUUAAAUAAAGAUAAAUGA